CGGCGGUGCCGGGGCGCCGCGGCGCAGCCAUGGCCCUGGUGACCUUGCAGCGCUCGCCCACGCCCAGUGCCGCCUCCUCGGCCAGCAACAGCGAGUUGGAGGCUGGCAGCGAUGAAGACAGAAAGUUAAACCUCAGCUCACACUGACUGACUGCACCAAACAAGUUGAAACUCGUCAACCACUGUUACUAAGGUUUGAUGUGCCGCUUCCCGUAUUGAAGAUCCCUGCCUUUCCAUUGGAUGGCACUCGGCAGCAGCACUCUCCGUGUCUUUUGAUCACAGCUCGUACUAUAUUCUGGUGCCUCUAACACCUGAGGCGUGUUUAUCAUACUGCUCGGCCUUUCGCGACCCGUUCAGUUGUUCAUUGUUCAGCUGAAUCAACUGUGUUGGACGUACAGGUGACGGAACUUGUCUAACGUCACCCAGGUGGUCAGAGGCAGUGCCGCGCCAGAACCUAGGACCACCACUAACGCACGGCAGUGCUUCCCAGGAGGUCAGAUCACCGAUGACGACUCUUAAGUGAGAGCUUUUUCAUGGUGAAAGGAGCAGCCCUCUUCUUACAACAGGGAAACAGCCCUCAAGGCCAGCGAAGUCUUCAGCAUCCCCAUAAGCACGCAGGUGAUUUGCCUCAACAUCUUCAAGUAAUGAUCAACCUUCUGCGUUGUGAAGAUAGAAUCAAGCUGGCCGUGCGCUUGGAGAGCGCUUGGGCAGAGCGGGUCCGCUACAUGGUGGUGGUGGACAGCAGCGGGCGUCAGGACACAGAGGAGAGCAUCUUGCUGGGCGUUGACUUUUCCAGUAAGGACAGUAAAAGCUGUACCAUCGGGAUGGUACUCCGACUGUGGAGCGACACCAAAAUCCACCUUGAUGGUGACGGUGGAUUCAGCGUCAGCACAGCAGGAAGGAUGCACGUCUUCAAGCCUGUAUCUGUCCAGGCCAUGUGGUCUGCCCUGCAGGUCCUUCACAAGGCCUGCGAAGUGGCCCGACGGCACAACUACUUCCCUGGGGGCGUGGCGCUCAUCUGGGCUACCUACUAUGAGAGCUGCAUCGGCUCCGAGCAGAGCUGCAUCAACGAGUGGAACGCCAUGCAGGACCUGGAGUCCACGCGGCCCGACUCCCCGGCCUUGUUUGUCGACAAGCCAACCGAAGGGGAGAGGACUGAGCGCCUCAUCAAAGCCAAACUCCGAAGCAUCAUGAUGAGCCAGGACCUAGAAAACGUGACCUCCAAAGAAAUUCGUAAUGAAUUGGAGAAACAGAUGAACUGUAACUUGAAAGAAUUCAAGGAAUUCAUAGACAACGAGAUGCUGCUUAUCUUGGGACAGAUGGACAAGCCCUCCCUCAUCUUCGAUCAUCUUUAUCUCGGCUCUGAAUGGAAUGCAUCCAAUCUGGAAGAACUGCAGGGCUCAGGUGUUGACUACAUUUUAAAUGUCACUAGAGAAAUAGAUAAUUUUUUCCCUGGCUUAUUUGCAUAUCAUAACAUCCGAGUCUAUGAUGAAGAGACAACAGACCUUCUUGCCCACUGGAACGAAGCAUACCAUUUUAUAAACAAAGCAAAGAGGAACCAUUCCAAGUGCCUGGUACAUUGCAAAAUGGGUGUCAGUCGCUCUGCCUCCACAGUCAUAGCGUAUGCGAUGAAGGAAUUCGGCUGGCCCCUGGAAAAAGCGUACAACUACGUGAAGCAAAAGCGCAGCAUUGCACGCCCCAACGCGGGCUUCAUGAGGCAGCUGUCUGAGUAUGAAGGCAUCUUGGACGCGAGCAAACAAAGGCACAACAAGCUGUGGCGCCAGCAGACCGAGAGCUGCCUCCAGCAGCCUGUGGAUGACCCUGCGGGGCCUGGGGACUUCCUGCCAGAGACCCUGGAUGGCACCCGCCCGGAAGCCCGUCUGCCCUGCUCGGACGAUGCCGCCCAGCCUGGGUUCCCAGGCAGCAGGGCCCCUGGGCGACCCACUCUCCCCUGCUGUUUCCGGCGGCUCUCAGAUCCCCUGCUGCAUUCCCCCAGUGACGAAACUGGCAGUUUGGUCCAGUUGGAGGACCUGGAGAAGGGUGCUCUGUCGGAGGAAGCGGCUCAGCCAGCUCGGCCUCCCGAGGAAGGCCCCAGACUCUGUGAGAAGGAGGGGAAGAAGAAACGAGAGUUGGGGAGCCUGAAAACCCGGAGUGGCCCCUUGCCACAGGUGGAGGAGAUGGAAAGGGAGGAGGUUCCAGGAGCCGGGAGGUGGGGGCGGCCCCCAACCCAGCUUGAUAAAAACCUGCUCAACCGGGAAAACCUAAAUAACAACAACAGCAAGAGGAGCUGUCCGGACGACUUUGAGCACGAUGCUAUAUUUGGGAUCCUCAACAAAGUGAAGCCUUCCUACAAAUCCUGUGCCGACUGCAUGUAUCCUACAGCCAGCGGGGCUCCUGAGGCUUUCGGGGAGCGACUCGAGAACCCUGGUGCUCCCGCCAUCUGUACCCAGCCAACCUUCCUGCCCCACCUCACGUCGUCCCCUGGGGCCCACAUAUCUGGCAAGUCCCGAGCUUUAGAGAAGCUGGCCUCUGGCCCAACCGAAACACCCCCAUUCCUACCACCAGCAGGCCCGAGGAGGCCAGACACCAGUGGCUCUGAGGCCGGGACUGCCCCAGAACUACCAGCUAGCCUUUUAGAACCUUCCAGAGGGACCCAAAAAGUCCUGCCAAAGGCCCUCCUUUUGAAGAAUUCUCACUGUGAUAAGAACCCUCCCCGCAUGGAAGUAGUGAAGGAAGAGUCGCCACCCAAGAAAGACGUGAAGCCAGCCAAGGACCUGCGGCUCCUGUUCAGUAAAGAAACUGAGAAGCCAACCACACACAGCUACCUGAUGCAGCACCAGGAGUCCAUCAUCCAGCUGCAGAAGGCAGGCUUGGUCCGCAAGCACACCAAAGAACUCGAGUGGUUAAAGGGCACGCCCGCAGACCCAGUGUCUCCCGUCAGGGAUGGCACCGCCAGCAGGCUGGAGGCCAGCAUACCCGAGGAGAACCAGGACCUGGCUCCUGUCCCACCGCCAGGGGCCCCGGCUCUGCCCGGCCAAGCUGCCAGUGAUGAGAAGUCAGAGGCCGGCCCUCCUCCAUUGGAAGGAGCCUCGCUGAAGAGCGUCACUCCCUUCCUCUGCCGCCUGGAUCACACCAGUCAUUUCUCCAAAGACUUCCUGAAGACCAUCUGCUACACCCCCACCUCAUCGUCCAUGAGUUCUAACCUGACCCGGAGCUCUAGCAGUGACAGCAUCCACAGCAUCCGCGGGAAGCCAGGGCUGGUGAAACAGCGGACGCAGGAGAUCGAGACUCGGCUCCGGCUGGCAGGCCUCACCGUCUCGUCCCCACUCAAGCGCUCACACUCUCUUGCCAAGCUCGGAAGUCUCAAUUUCUCAACAGAAGAUCUGACCAGUGAGGCCGACGUGUCCACCAUCGCCGACUCCCAGGAUGCCAAGUUGAGCGAGGCUUCCUUCUUGCAUGAGCCCCAGGCAACCCCAAGGAAGCCAGCCGCCACCUCUAAGCCGUCAGGGAAAUCUGCCCCAGAAAACUUGAAAAGCCCGUCGUGGAUGAGCAAAAGCUGAUCCCCCCUUGAGCUGAUCACACGAUCCCUCCCUUAGUUUCACCGUGGAUUUUGGUCAGCCCCUCAAGUCUUGAUUUCUCUUAAACAAUUGGCGUUCUCCUGACUUCCCCCAACCUCUUGCCAUAGAGAGGAGGAGAAGAAAUAAACCUGCAGCCUGUGAAGAAAGGGGAGUGUCAGUUGUGUGGUUGGGAGAACCAGAAGCUGUGGCCAGCAGACUCGGAGCCCCAGUCAUGUGUUUUCAAAAAGAAUCGUGUCUUAAGAAGAGCAUAUACAGCUAUGCACACAUCAGAAGUGCUCCCUUUGCAACAUGCAGAAGAACAGUUGUGGUGAUGGCAGAUGGCAUUGUCACCACGGCACACGUUCCUAGCUCAUUCCGGCCCUCGUGGGUAACUCUUGGAUGGCAAUAUAAGUCCUACCUCUGUUCUUGCUGUGCUUUUUAUUUUUAAAACACAAUAAUGACCAAGGCUUGUUCCAGGGAAUAAUGCUGUGUCAGGAAAAGGUUUUCCAAAAAAGAAUUAUUCCUUUUUUUCUUUUUUUUUCUUUUUUGGUUGGGAUCCUAAAAAGUGUUAAGAUUUCUAACUUGACUGCAUCGAGCACUGUUACGUCAAGUUACAUGAAUGAAGGUGUCGAAUGCUGUUGAACCAGCUCUGUGGUGCAUGGAGAUGGUCUGUGCAUUUGAUUCCUCUGUGCCGGUGUGGUGGUACGGCCGAGUGGUGUGUGUCUGGCCAGCACGGGGGGCCGGUGGGGGAAAAGGCGAUGUCCUCAGUUGUUGCUAAUGGUGGAGUUUAAAUGGCACCUCACCCCCGACCUGGGGAGAAGGACCCACGAAGUGUGUUGAGUCUCUGCUGCUGAGCCCAGUAGUUGUGCUAAGGUUAUGAAAGCGCUCGAGUGUCAGGCGGGGGCCGUGGUUCUGAGAUACAGAUCGUCCUGCCAGGAGCCCCGGCGCUCAGGUUCCUUCGGUCACAUCUCCUCCUGUUUGGGGAGGAAAGGUGAUUCCAGCUGAGAGAAAUGGGACUGUUGCAAAGCUUCGCAGAUGUUUACAGUUGCCCCUUUCCUGUGGGGAGAAUUCCUCCUGGUUCUCUCUGGCUCUUCCUAGCGGCGAGGAUGCGGUACAGGAGGGCUCUGUGGGCCCGGCCUGGGCUCUGAGUGCGUUUCGAAUCAGGUGAGCUCAGUGCAUCCUGCUGCUGUGGGCCUUGGGCUUGAGUGGAGGGUCGUCGGUGUCGGUCAUCAAGACCGGCUGUUAAAAUGCUUUGAAGGGAGGAUGGGCUUGAGGAGAAAGGUCCAACUCAGCAGACCGUGGCGCACAGCCCCGUGAGCGAAGAACGUUUUUACAUUUUUCAGGGGUUAUAAAAAAAUGAACUAGUAGGGGACAGAGACCACGUAGCCGGCAAAGCCUAAGAUAUUUACUAUCGGGCCCUAUAUGGAAGAAGUGUGGUGACCCCUUUUUUUAUUUGACCACGCAGCGCUGCCCAGGGCCCUGGAGGAAGAAACUGGGCACAUGUAAAGGCCUCCCUUUCCCUUCAGCACCGCAGGCCAAAUCCUUGUCCCGACCCACACCUUGCCAGCCCACCCCCAGCGUGUCUCCUGCAGUGGGGGGUGGCUGCGUUCAUGGAAGAAUGCUGCUGGAUGAAGCUUUCCCACAGUUACAGCUUACCCUCAGGGGGGCCAGCCAGAUGAAUUCGGGGACACUAGAAAGCCUUCAAGGACCAGCCAAAUUCUGAAAGCGGGUGAAUGUGUCGCCAUCUUACAUUGGUCAGAACGAGGCUCCCCCCACUCCCUCAGAGCAACCAUUCCGAGAGCACCCAGGCAGGGUCUUCGGGAACAAGGAUAGCCCACAUGGCAACUAGUGGGUAGAGGUUUUGCAAAAACCCUCUCUCUGGGAACUUUUUAUCCCUGACCUUAUUCUUUUUUUUUUUUUUUUAGGUAUACAUUAUUUUAUUUGACAGGAAUUUGUUUACGCACCACUGUCCAUUGCAGUCACCUUAAUAGGUGAUUAUCCACUUAUUCCUGAAAACCCUGUUAGGUUUUUCUCCCUUUCUUUCAGCCAACAAAAACAUAUUCUCAACAACAACAACAACAAAAAAUUAAGUGCAGUAUGUUUUGCCAAAUUAAAUUUCAUGUGGUAGAUCAAUUUUUGUGUCAAAAUAAUCCUUUCGAUUCGGUGAUGACAGGCUUGUGUUGGUUUCUGUAACCAUGCCUGCGUAUGAGUGAUAUACUUUUGAAAACCUUUAAUUUUGAAAGCCAUAAUUUUCCUUAUCCAGUUAAAGGGUGGGACACGGAUUACAAAUAUGAGUGGGGUUUUGGCCUUGUUGGAAUUAUCCAUUCAUUUUCGGAAGCACAGACCGUAUAGUAUCAUUGAAACAGACCGGGGCUUAGGGACCCAUCAUCAGAGCAAAGUGAAUCAUUCUUGAUUUUGUGGGUAACCCUCUGGCCUGGAGAAAAGGAUCAAGCUGUUUCUCCCAGACCCAGGUCAGUUGCAUGUUAACAUAUGGCAAAUUGCUCCUUGAAAUAGACUAACAGGACGAGAGCAUGCUGCCAGACGUGGGGGCACCUUGGCAAAGACGGAUGCAUACCUGUGUCUGAAAAGCAAUUUUGCUCCAUAAGGAUAUGCCAUAUCCUGACUGAUGCUUUGUCUGUAAUCUAAGCUACGAGGACGAUUCCAAAUAUGAGUGGCACAGGUGAGAGGCAGCGGUGAGUGCCAUGAAAGUCAUUAAUUUCGGUGACUGCCAUUUUCAUGGGAUGCUUUUGUCGAAUUAGGAGAGAACGGACAUUUUGUAAAUCAGCUAACUAUUGUGUAUUCAGUUGUAUUUCAUCGUUCACCUCACCUUUCCCUCACUUUCACUUCAUAUGACAUGCCAAAAGUUAGACUGAAGGAGAUACAGGGAGGUCGCCUUGUCAUGUUUCGUUAAGUCUGAGGGGGAAGCCGGUCCCAGAGAGAGGAGAAGGCAUGCUGCCCUCUCAUCAUGCCUUGACAAUGCCAAUUUCCAUUUCUUUGUCUUAGAGCAAUGUCUGUCGUUGCAUGAGCCUCUUAAGAACAAGAUGCUCAUUCCCUGCCUCCGUGGUCUCAGUGCAGGGGCCAUGCUGACCUCUGGGCUCUCUGUGGGGCAGUGGCACCCUGUCCGUCCGGCAUGCAGCGCACUCACCAGGUGCUCACAGAUAGCUGCUUUCCAACCCCCUUCUGUUCCACCCCGCCCUUUCCAGCUAGAAAGCAGUCCUGCCCAUUCUAAAACCUCUUCCCUCAUAGAUAGUCCCAGAGGGUACCACAGGAUGGAACCAAGUUUGCAAUAGAAUUGACACCUUCAGGACACCCUGUACCUUCAGCAUUGUCUCUCCACACAGGCCUGAUCCCAGAAGGUUUAGGAGUCCGCCUGCUCCCCUGGGCCUGUUUCCCUCCAUGGGCAAUAAAUGCGGCAUCGUUUAGUCAAGAUCCUAUAACCUCACCCAAGGUGUCCAAAGAGGCACUUGCUCUGUUGGCCGGAAAUGCUUGGUGCCAGAAUACAUUGCACCCAACCCUACUCUGGCUUGCCACCUGGCUGGGCUUCCCCAGACACGCACAGCUCAGUGAGGGCAAGCGCUUCACUGUGGGCAGGAGAGCUAGGCAGGCCGGGACGUUUGUGACAUCUGGACAGCACGGUGCAGGGUCACCUUCCCUGGUCCCACCCCGCAGGUGCUUGCCAAUGCUUCAUGCCAAUCAAAGGUAGGUGAUUGAGCCUCAUGCUCAGCUGCUUGGUUUUUUUAUUGUCUGCUCUGCAACCAAAUACCUGUAUGUACAAGUUCACGCUGCAUAUAUAUAUAUAUAUAUAUAUAUAUAUUUGAAUAUAUAUAUGUAACUUGAAUCAAAUCAUUAUGCGCGCAUCCCUUCUGUCUCAUCCACAUACGCGCUGUCACCCGAGCUGUGAAGCGGAUCACCUGGAAUGAUCUGGAGUGAUGUGUAGUGCUGCCCUGGUAGAUCCGGACAUGACUGCCUUGUUUUGGUCUUGGAUUAGGUGCUGUGGCCCUGGCUUCAGUCAGUCUCUUAAACAGGAGUCUUUAUAACCGGACCACUGGUCCCCUGCUGUCCUUUCUGUCGGCCGUGCUGUACGAGAAGAUGGCUGCUUCUUCCCUCUUUUCCGACACUGUAAUUAUUUUACAAUUGAGUGCCUUAAUAAUAGUUUACAAAUACUGUGUAUUUAUGGGAAACUGUUAAGCUCUCACCUUCUGUGAUUGGAUACUUUGCCUUGUCGGUGGUGGUCGGCGUUUGGCCUGGAGCUUGCCCGGCCCCCGUACCUGUGCUCAUCUGCUGUGCGGUCUGAUGCACGUGCCUGCAACUGGCCAAGGAACAUUGCUAGAAACGGCGCUGGUAGUUCCUCCAGGCGAGGCAGGCCCUGGCUCAUGCUGCGUCCCACGGUAGUGAGGAAAGAGUAAAACUUGGUGUGCUAGCCAGCUGGGGCUGGUGUGGUCCAGGCGCCCUCUGGACCACAGCCAGCCCGUCACCCAUUCCCCCAUCACGCAGUUGUACUCUUCUUUCAUAGAGGUUUUUAUUGCUACCUAGGCCACCCUAGUUUCCUCUGUUGGUAUCCUGAGCUCUUUGCAGCAAAAUGCAGGUACAGACCACCCCAUCCCCCAAAUCAGGAGCUCUACAAGAUACGUUGUCCUUGGGUUUUCAGAAGCUGCCAGUGAUUUCCAUUGUGUUGCAUAAUGAUACCAAUUAUUUUUUUAUUGGGUUUUUUCCUUGUUUUUUUUUAUAUAUAUAUAUUUAAAAGGCAGUAUCUUUUGUACUGUGAAUUUGCAGUAGAAGAUGCAUAAUGCACUUUUUUUUUACUUCUGUUGGUGUGUACUGUAUAUAGUCUGUGUGCUUCUUGUGAUUGAAAAUAAACUUUUUCUUUAUAAAUGCCUGAUGAUGUAUGAACUUGUGCAAGAGAAAACUGCCUCUUCAACCCCUGCCAAGAUAGUCGUAUGCAUCUUUAGCACCACGAUGGGCCGUCUUUAUACUGACACCUAUUGUGUGCUGGGCCCCAUGCUGAAAACCGGGACAAGUUAGACCAAAGACCCAAAGGCAGAUAUGUGAGCUCCUCCAGGAAUUGUCUUUUUUCACUGAUUUUACCAGUGAGGAAGAGCAGACCCGCUUGUGGGUAGUCAUUUGUAUACCAGCACAACUGACCCCACCAGGGUGGCACUUGGAGUUUGGGUGGUGUCUCUUCCUGCACAAGCAGAAAACGUAAAGCUAGAGGUCUGCUCGAGAGAACCCUCUAAGCUACUGACAGACACUGCACCUCGUGAGAGGGGACUAUUGAGGUGAUUACUGCUAACGGCCAGGGCAGGACUCCCAGGGAGUCCCGGUCGGUCGCAAAGGCUUGUCUCAUGCUUGUGUCAUAGUCUACUGCAGGUCAGGACCUUUGGGUGGCUCUCCUCCCUGGGUGAUUAGCAAAGCCGGGCUGUCUCCAUGUUAAACCCUGCCAUCUUGGAAUUCUUUGCUUCUAGCCGUGCACUCGAGAAAAAGAGCAUGGGGUUCCAUGUUCACUCUCAGCUGCCUUGAGCUGCAAUACGUCACAUCUACUCACGUUCCAAUGGGCAAGACCUGUGACAAGGCCCCACCACUCCUGCUGGGGGCUGAGAGAUGUAAGGUGUACAUAUACCCGGUGAGCAGCGACUAUCCACCACAAGUACCUCGGCAUGACCAAUAAAUUCUAGUGCCUGUGGAUCCAGAAAAUACUGUUUCGUUCACCUAGACUUGCCCUGUCUCACCUGGACUCACAGGAGACUGAUGGAUAAACUGGAGUGCAAGUUUAUUUCUUUAUAAUAAGAUUUAUAGCUGUGGAGCAGGCCAAACGACUCUUACUUGCCAGUUAGCACAUUGAGUCCUAGAGAAAUCUGCACGUGAAGUCAAAUUAUGGUUAGGGAUUGCUUCCUGAGUAUGAAAUCAAAGCAGGCAAUCAGUGGAAUAGUUCUAAUGGUUAGCGUUGACAAGCUGUGACACAGCCUUUUCUCUAAGAUGUUCCCGAGACAGAAUCUCUGAGGGUCAUGGCCCAGGACACUUGCUGAGGAGCAAGGCUGGAGACACCUCACAAAUUCUCUUCAGGCUCCAAACAUGAGUCAGAGCCCGGGGAUGGGGCCCAGCACUCUCUGUUUCUGAUGGAUUCCCUGGGAAUUCUGACAGCCAAGUUUAGAAGCCAUCAAAAUAAGACUGUGAUGCAAUCAAGCAGGCUUCCAGUUCAUUAGUUAAUCACAUUCCACAGAUGCUUUCUGGGGGCAACACCCACGACCUUCUAACAGAAUAUGGGUGUUCCCCAAACUGGUCAGAGACUCGUUUACCCAGGGCCCUGGCAUGGCUACUUUUACCCUGCUUUCUUCCUCAAAGUAGCAAUCCUAAGGUUGAGUAUGAUCCCAGAUUACACCUCCAGGGCGGAUAGUUUUGCAGGGAGGACCGAGGUGCUGGCUUGUCUUUCUCCUGGGGAAGCCCCUCUUGGCCAGAUGCUUGGAAGAGGCUCCAGCAGAAAGAGUUUGGAGGAUGGCGGGCAUUUCAAGAGGAUUCACUUCAUGGUAGGAAAACCCGUUCCAUAGGAGAUGUCCACCAACAACACACAAAGGGAGGCCGUCCCAGAAGACACCACCCACCCGUCCCACACCCUAACAGGAGGGAGCAGAGUGUACCUCUGCGUCUUCUGUGCGCCCAGCCCUUUAUGUAAAAAUUACCUUUACACUGAGCCCCCUAAGUGGCCCUACUGACAUUAUCCUCAGUUUACAGAUGAAGAAACAGACCUGCAGCAUGUCAGUCGUUUGCCCAAGGUUACAGCUAAAAAUGGUAAAGCUAGAUAGGUACUGCUCCACCUGCAACCCUGUCCCCCACCCCGGAAACAGAAGCAAGCUAAACCUGGAUCUAGAUCUCCAUUGAGGUGUCAACAAGGAAACACAGGAGUCCGAAAUGAAGUCUCCAGCCCGUGGGAAAUCUGACCGAAGUCCCCACUCGAGAGGCCAUCCCCAGAAGCACACACAAGGUGUGUGUCCCUCCCCCAAACCAUAGUACCAUGUUUUGCCUUUAAAAGGAAACUGCUCAUGCAUCCUGAAUAUACUUGCGAAGGGCCCUGUU